UCAAAAGCCACAGCGCCAUAAACCCAAAAAUUUAAAAUAAAAACAAAACCGAAAACGCCGCAGUUCUAUCAAACCCCGCCAAUUACGCAGCGUGUCAGUGCCCAUCUUUUUUCCACUCCUAACAAGGUUAAAGCCUAAAACCCACUUCACAUCUCAGACCAACAGCAAAAGACCCAUUUCAGCUAAGCACCAGCAAAAGAACAUCUCCAACAUGGGUGGCCACGAAGAGGAGGAAAGAGGUGAAGAGUACUUGUUUAAGAUUGUUCUGAUAGGCGACUCGGCAGUGGGAAAAUCAAACCUUUUGUCACGUUUUGCCAGAAACGAGUUUGACAAUAACUCAAAGGCAACUAUUGGAGUAGAGUUCCAGACCCAAGUGGUGGAGAUUGAUGGGAAAGAAGUUAAAGCGCAGAUCUGGGACACUGCUGGUCAAGAGAGGUUUAGAGCUGUUACUUCUGCUUACUAUAGAGGAGCUGUUGGUGCUCUUAUUGUUUAUGAUAUUAGUCGGAGAAGUAGCUUCGAUAGCAUUAAACGGUGGCUUGAUGAACUAUCCACUCAUUGUGAUACUACUAUGGCAAGGAUGCUGGUAGGGAACAAAUGUGAUCUGGAGAAUAUUAGAGAUGUCAGUGUGGAGGAAGGCAAGAGCCUUGCAGAAGAAGAAGGCUUAUUCUUCAUGGAGACAUCUGCCCUUGACUCUACCAAUGUUCAGACAGCUUUCGAGAUUGUUAUUAGGGAAAUCUACAACAAUGUGAGCAGAAAAGCCCUAAAUUCAGAUGCAUAUAAAGCCGAGUUAUCUGCCAAUCGAGUAACCCUGGUCAAGGAUGGCGCCAACUCAUCCAAGGAGGGUUUCUCCUGCUGUGCUAGAUGAUCUCUGGUCUUUCAUGUUUCACACUACACUCUUUUUCCGGAUACUAUUGCAAACCCUGUUUCCAUUGCCUCUUACCUGGCGCUGGCAGAGUUCAGCCUGAUUAAAUUUGUCAGUUUUGGUGCUUCCCUGUUGUCAUUUUUGAUCUUGCCAUAGUAAUAAAAUAAGACUUCAUUUGUAUUCUUAAA